AUGCCUUCUUUUCAUUUGUUGGCGGGAGUUUUCCUUUUAUUUUCCGUAUUUUUUACGGCUUCGAAGGCACUUCCCACUGCGACAGCUGUUAACUCUACAAGUUCUAUACGCCCUCGUUUUAAUGAGGAUCCUGGCAGGAUAAUCAAUGGCACUCUGGCCACCUUGGACGCCACCAGACACCAGGUUGGCAUCCGGAGGGCCUUGAACGAUGGCUAUUUCUAUGGAACGGGUCACCUUUGCGGCGGUUCCCUCAUCAGGCCAAACUUUGUUCUUUCCGCUGCCCAUUGUUUUGUGGACCAAGUAAUCUACGAUGGAACUUUUGUGCCCAUUGCCGAAUUCAUUGUGGUGAUGGGAAACCUGGAUCGGUUUAAUGCCACUAAUGCCCUAACCUUUACGAUUGCCGAGCGGUUCAUGCUCCUCGAAAAGUUCGUCCUGGCCACCUAUGACAAGGAUAUUGCCCUUCUGCGAUUGAAUGCGUCAGUGCCAACGGAUCAUCCCACUAUCCGACCGAUUGCUUUGACCCGGAACGAGCUUGUGGAUGGAGUUGUAUGCCAGGUGACUGGCUGGGGACUCACGGAGCAGGGCUAUAACUCCGAUUACCUGAUGACCGUCGAUGUGCCGAUUAUUGGGGAGCAAAGGUGCGUCAACGACAGUGACCUGGGCGCCCUAAUCCUGCCCGGAAUGAUGUGUGCCGGUUACCUGGAGAAGGGCGAGCAGGAUGCCUGCUCGGGAGACUCUGGAGGACCGCUGGUGUGCCAAAGCAAGCUGGCUGGAGUCGUCUCCUGGGGCAUCAACUGUGCUCUGCCCAAGUUGCCGGGAGUCUACACGGAGGUCUCGUACUACUACGACUGGAUCCUGGAGACUAUGGGCGAAGAUCCCAAUGGAGAGGAUAAUGGAGAUGAUAAUGGGGAUGAUAAUGGUGGUGGUGGCGGUUCCAUGGGCAUUUUAGCCUCCAGUUUCAGCCUCAUUCUUCCCAGCUUUGUUUCUCUGAGAUUAAUGCUUUAUUAA